AAAAUCGAAAGCCCAUCUAACUCUCCUCUUCACAUCUCUCUGCCGUGUGGGAGGCAACCCUUGGCCGGCACCCACGCCGUCGCGUCCGCCGUCCGUCGUCCGCAACCGCCGCCGGUGGACGACGAGCUCCCCCUCGCUCGUACUAGGGGUUCUGGCCUCGCCGGCCUCCGCGUAUCCUCUCCCCCUGCGGCCGCUGGUUAACCGAGCAUCCGUCAAGCCGCAGCGGCCCGUCCCGUGCCCGCGCCCGCGCCGUGGCUCCUUCACAGAGUUUGAUGGAUUAGUCUUUGUGCUUCAGUAUUUCCACUCCUGGAUACUUGGACCUAUGAUGCGCACAUAGACUGGCCUUGACUCUAAAUGAUGAAAAGAAGAUUGGUAGAGCAUGUAUCUUUGAUAGACAGAGCUCUUCCUUUGAUUCAGCUCAAGGCCAUGUCCUCAUAUUCUGCUGGUCAUGGCCGCAGGCCCAAGAAGAAGCUUUAUCACCGUGAACCUGGACUUGACAAGGCCAUGGACCUCCAGAAGAAGCCUGCCCUCCUUCUUCGUCUUCGUGAGAUCAUCUUGUCCCAAAAGACAAGUUCCAUCCUUGUACGUGAUCUUGAAAAGGAGGUUGGCUUUGUCCAAAAAUGGAACUUCCUUUCACUCAUCGAACGGCACCCAAACAUCUUUCAUGUCUCUGGUGGUAGUGCCUCCCGUGAGCCCAUUUCAGUUACACUCACUGAGAAGGCAAGAAAGAUAUCCAGUGAGGAGAUCCAAGCACGAGAGCUAAUGGAGCCUAUCUUGGUGAAAAAUCUAAGGAAACUGCUAAUGAUGUCUUUGGACUGCCAGAUUCCUCUAGAGAAGAUUGAGCUCAUCCAAUCUGAAUUGGGUUUACCUAACAACUUCAAGAAUAAUUUGAUUCCUAAGUACCCUGAAUUAUUUUCAGUUAGGGAUGUGAAGGGAUUGGACCAUUUGUGUUUGGAGAGUUGGGAUUCUUCAUUGGCAGUCACAGCACGUGAAGAAAAGUUGAAUUUUGAGGGCUUCCAAAUGGACUAUAGAGGGAUCCCUAAAGAUGGAAAUAUUGUUGGCCCCUUUGCUUUCAGGUUGAAGUAUCCAGCAGGAUUUAGGCCAAACAGGAAUUAUCUUGAGGAGGUUGUCAGAUGGCAGAAGUUGGCAUUUCCUUCACCAUAUCUGAAUGCUAGACGUGUGGAGCCUGCAACCCCUCAGGCUCGGAAGCGGGCUGUUGCUGUUCUGCAUGAGAUCUUGAGCCUGACAAUGAACAGACGGUUGACAUCUGAUAAGCUAGAAAUCUUCCAUAAUGAGUACAGGCUGCCAUGUAAGCUUCUUCUGUGUUUAAUAAAGAAUCAUGGGAUAUUCUACAUCACUAAUAAGGGAGCAAGAAGCACUGUAUUCCUCAAGGAGGCCUAUGAUGACAGCAACCUUGUUGAGAAGUGCCCUCUGUUGAAAUUUCAUGAUCGAUUUGCAUCUCUAAUCGGCCGAACAUGCUCCGACUCAAAUGAUUUAUUGAAAGCAUAAUCAGAGUAAUUUAAAUGCGAGAAAGACAAAUGGCAAUGUUGCUGACUUAAUGCAUAUUUUGGUCGAUACUCAGGUUAGCUCGAUCAUGAGUCAUUUGCAUGCAGUGGAUGAUGCAAGUUCAAUUAUUCAGGCAGAUUGUGUCCUUUGAGGUUUGAUUGUUAUUCUGUAUGACACAUUAAUGGGAACUUCAUUUUAUUGCUUGUCUGGAUAUGUAAAUUGAUAGUUUCUGAUACAAUUCUGGACCAAAAACUUAAUAUCAAUUAUUGAAGUGCUGAAUUAUUCGUUGAAUGACAUCAUCAGUGGUUAAUAUUCAUUGUUAUUGUCCCAUUCCAGUGUUCUCUUGAGUAUAGAGUUGAUGAUUUUCUUGAUGCACAAUGAAGAUCGGUAUGGGCUAAUAAUUUUUUCUUAGGAAGAAUCUGAUUACUUUCCAGUAGUUCUAAGCUAUUAGCUUGUAGUAUGCAUCUUAAUUCAAAAUAUCGAUAGCCAAUUGAAUACAUUGUGCAACAGGUACAUCUUAGUAUUAACAGAGCACGCCUGAAUUGUGCUGUGCUUCCCACAUGUUCUGUAAUUUGGCUUGAUUUUUCUAUAUUACGGAUGUGAUGUGAGGUAAAUAAACCAUUGAUUGUCCAGGAAUACAUAAUAGUGUUUUUCUAUAGCUGAUUCUUUCAUUGGAUAUAUCGUACUAAAAACAGUUCAUUGAUAUAGAGCAGUGAAAACUUUAGCAGGCAAUCCUUUGAAAGAUGGUGUCUGAAAUAACCUGAAUAAUCGAUCUAUAAUCUUAAGAGCCACUACUAACCUUGUGACCCUGCAUUUCUUGUUGAAGAUGUUUCUCUUUCAGAUUAUGGAACAGGAAUUUAAUGUGAUAUUUUGGACCAAAUCCUAGAAUUCUCUUACUUGGAACAAUACAACAAGUUCUGGUUGCUUCUGGAUUUGGUUCAAGACAUCAUAUGCUGAAUUGGGGUUUCUUUAACAAGAUAUUUAUAGCAUUUGUAGGUCAGUUUUUGCAUAAUUACAGGUGCCAGACUACCAGGUACUGAUAUUUGUAUGUAUGCUGUAGCUCUAGAUACUCAUGGUCUUUAAGUAAUUCAGGUAUGUUAGAAAUGAUAUAUUUUUUGUUUCAUCACCAAAACUUGCGACAUCACCAGAGGUACUGAUAUAAAUACUGCGAUUGAUAAUGGGUAGCGUUCUUUUUAACUUGGGUUAUCUUCAUAGCAUUUCCUUGAUCGUUCUUUAUUCAGAUUGUUGAUAUCCCCACCGUUUCCCGCCCCCAGACUUGGUGAAAGUUGUUCAACAAUGCGUUCACAUUGUAAAUAAUUCCGGGUGCAUAGUUGUUAAUAAAAAAAUACUUGUAUAUCGGCUCAAAGCAAUAUACAUUUUUUUCAUAUUAAUUUUGCCUUGAUAUUAAUAUCUCUGGCACAUCAGAAGCACAUUGACUGAUGUCGUGACAUUACAUUAUUUGAAAAUAUUGUGCGUUGCAUAUCAUCUCUGAUUUAUUCUUCUGGUUAAAGGACAGGAAUAUUCUGGAUCAGAUACUGAGGAUUCUGAAAGUGUAAACAAUGAUGGGAAUGAUAGUGGCAGUGGCGAUGAAUCUGAUAUUUCACAUGGGAUUUGUUUUCUGGGCAUGGACAUAGAAUUUUUAGAAGGAAUCAAGGAAACUGGAAAUGGUCAUGGAAUGAUGGAGAUGUGAAUGAAUGUAGUGAAAAUGGUGAAAUUUCUUUCUCGAGAAGGGUGGCUUCUAUGGUUGAUGGAAGGCGAGUACUGUACUAUGAUCUAAGCAUUGAUGGGAAGUUGUAUUUCUUGGUUGCUAGUGGACAUAAAUUGUGUCUGGUGCUGGUUCGGCUCAAAUACUUGAGCGAAUUGCAUGAUGCCGCAGAGUGUGAUGCAUCGUCAGCUCACGCCCACUUGGCCAUGACGGACAUGCCGCCGGCGCCGAGGAGGACGGCGAGGAAGGCGGCGAGCUGGAGGCGGACGUUGCCCUGCAGCUUGGGCCCCAUGAAGUCGGCGGCGAGGAGCUCCACCAGCGCCAUGUAGUGGAGCAGCCCCGCGGAGGCGGCGUUGAGGAGGCCGACGACGAUGAGCGCCGUCGGGCUGUUGUCCCUGUACACCCUGGUCAGGGCGAGGCCGAGGGCGAUGCCGAACGGCGUCGUGGUGGAGAAGAAGAAGACGAGCACCGACCUCAUCCGGCGGCCGUACUCCGCCUGCAGGAUGCAGCCGCCGAGGCCCAUCCCCUCGAACAUCUGGUGGAAGCACAUCGCCGCCACCAGCGGCCGGAUGGUGCACACGUUCUGCGACGCCCCCAUGCCGAGGCCGAUCACCACCGAGUGCACCACGAUGCCUAUCUCGAGGACCUGCAGCAUAUGAAGCCGUGCAAAUCUGGUCAGUAUAUUUUUUGGUUUUUCGCUUUUAAGUUGCAUAGUUGUAGUUUGACCGACCAUAUUGUUUCAAAAAAAUCUAAUGACUAAUUAGCCUCAAAGUUAUCUUAAUCGAGAGUACUUUACAACUAGUACUCGACAAGAAGCUGGCUGUAAAUUAAGUAUAAAACAUCACUUAUUUUGCUUGUGAAA